AUGGAUCCCCCUUCUGUUAUACUUCCCCAAGGUCAUGUAGUUGGAACCCACCUGGAGACAACAUCUCCACAUCCCGUGGAAGCUUUCUUAGGGAUCCCAUAUGCCCUCCCACCCACCGGAGACAGGCGAUUCAGACCAGCAGAGAAAGUCCAUCUGUCCAAGGAGACAAUUGAUGCAUCGAAGUUCGGCCCAAUUGCCCCAGGCAAAGUUUUUGUCGUGGAAGGGCCGGCUGCUGAACAGAGUGAAGAUUGCUUGACCGUGAAUGUAUUUCGGCCUACUGGACAUGAACUCAAAGAAAAACUUCCUGUCGCCGUUUAUAUCCACGGCGGGGCUUUCAAUCGCGGAUCAGCUAGAGGUCACAAUACUGCAUCGAUGGUGGCUUGGUCCGAGCUUCCGUUUAUUGGUGUUAGCUUUGGAUACCGUGUCGGAGCCUUGGGAUUCCUGCCUUCGAGCUUGGCGAAGAAGGAGGGAAUUCUCAAUCUUGGCUUACGUGACCAGGUGCACCUUCUUGAAUGGGUUCAAGAAAAUAUCAGCCACUUCGGAGGUAAUCCUGCGAACGUCACUCUAUUUGGGCUAUCUGCUGGAGGUCACUCGAUUGGUCAUCAUCUUCUGAACUAUAGUGAGGACGUCAAGCCUUUGUUCGAUCGCGUUAUACUGGAGUCUGGAUCUCCGACUUCAAGGGCCGUUCGUCCCUACGAUGCGAAGAUUCACGAACAACAGUUCCAAGACUUCCUCAAAGAAGUCAAUUUUCCAUCAGAUCUUCCCGAGUCGGAGAUUUUCCCUUUUCUCCGCUCGUUGCCAAGUUCCACAGUUACCACGGCCCAGACUAAGAUAUUCGACAAAUAUAAUCCUUCCCUCCGGUGGGCUUUCCAGCCAGUGAUUGACGGCGAUAUCAUAUCUCGCGCGCCACUGGAUGCAUGGAAGGCUGGGCACUGGCACAAAGUCCCAAUUGUGACAGGAUUCUGCAGCAACGAGGGAACGAUGUAUGUGGAUAAGAAAAUGUCCAAACCAGAACAAUUCCGCUUAUUCUGGAGUGAACUGCUUCCGGAACUGUCGUCUUCAGACCUAGAUACCAUCGACAGGCUCUAUCCAGACCCUAGAAUCAAUUCAGAUUCUCCCUAUGUCGAGACAAGAGAAGGAUAUGGCCUGGGACCUCAAUUUAAAAGAAUCGAAGCGGCAUAUGCACACUACGCCUACAUUGCACCAGUUAGGCAAUCCGCCCUGUUCGCGUCCCCGGAAGUAAGAGUUUAUCUGUACAACUGGGCUCUUCCUAAAACAGUUGUAGGACGAGCAAACCACGGCGACAACAAGAACUAUGAGACUAUGAAUAAGGAAAUCAUUCAAGUGUCAGAGUCGCAGAAAGAGCUGGCUGAGACUUUGCAUAGUUAUAUAUGCAGCUUCAUUUGUACAGGUGAUCCGAAUACUCUAGCAGGCCGCUAUAGCGAGCGUCCUAAGUGGGGUCAUUAUGUGGCGGAUAAUCCGCACAUUAUGGUAUUUGGUCAAGGGAAUGAGGAGUUGAUUGGCGGUCAUCCAGCUCCUGCGGCCAAAUUUGUGAAAGAUGAGUGGGCAAUAAAGGAGACGGAAUUUUGGUGGUCCAAGACGGAAAUAUCAGAGCUGGGCUGA